AUGAUGUCGUUUCUACCUAAGUUACUUUUGGUGAUGCUGUUGGCGUUCCCGGCGCACGUCGUCUUCAGAGGUUUGAAAUUUUUGCACGCAGGACCGCUGGUCCGCGCCGAGGACCUGACGGAGGACGAGGAGGCCACGGAGGCGGAGGAAGACGCGGUGGACGAGGCGCCGCCCGACGACGAGGACGACGAAGCCGAAGUGGAAGACGACGAGAACACGGAAGAAAGGGAGGACGAGGAAGAGGAGGGGCUGUCGGCGGGCGAGAUGCAGGCCUCGCCCAAUGCGGACACCGCCAUUUUGUUCGUCAAAGGCGAAGACUUUCCCGCCAACGACGUGGUCAAGUUCCUGCUGGGCUUCACCAAUAAAGGUUCUGAGGACUUUGUGGUGGACUCCCUGGACGCGUCCUUCCGAUAUCCGCAGGACUAUCAGUACUAUAUCCAGAACUUCACGGCGCUGCAGCUGGGCACGGCGGUGCCGCCCGGUCGCCAGGCCACCUUCGAGUACUCCUUCAUCCCGGCGGAGCCCAUGGGCGGGCGCCCUUUCGGUUUGGUGGUGAACCUCAACUACAAGGACGCCAACGGGAACAUCUUCCAGGACGCCGUUUUCAACCAGACGGUCACCGUCACCGAGAAGGAGGACGGACUCGACGGAGAGACCAUCUUCAUGUACGUGUUCCUGUCCGGACUGGGCCUGCUGGUCAUCGUUGGCCUUCACCAGCUGCUGGAGUCUCGAAAGAGGCGGCGUCCGGCCGCCAAAGUGGAAAUGGGAACGUCCGGGCACAACGACGUGGAUCUCAGCUGGAUCCCGCAAGAAACGCUCAACCAGAUCAACAAAGCGUCUCCCAAAAGGUCCCCGCGCAAACGGAACAGGAAGCGCUCGGCCGGUUCCGACGAGUGA